AUGCAUUAUUCUCUAGGCCAACCAUUUUGGGGCGAGCCCACGUCUAAUCUGAACUUUUGCGAAGAGGACUAUGUCGUUACACGAUAUGUCGCUGAGUUUAUCAAUACGCUCAGCAGCUUAGCUUUCGUCGUCUACGGAGUAUAUGGCCUGGCUAGACCCGGCCGCAAUGGCCAGACUCUCGCUCGUCUGAUCUCUUACAGUGGCUUGAUCGGCGUAGGCAUUUGCUCUGCCAGUUAUCAUAUGACCUUGAAAUAUCACACCCAAAUGUCGGACGAAUUGUCGAUGCAUCUUUUGACGACGCCAAUGGUGUAUCGCCUCUUGACGUUCAAGAGCAGCCCGCAGCGUACCAAGAUCGUGGGCGUACUUCUGACCGUCCUCUUCACGGUGGUCAUGGUCACGCACAUGGUCAUGGACGAGUUCCUCCUUCAUGCAACGACCUUUGGCCUUGCCGUGUAUCUGAUUGCCACUCGAACGCUCAAGCUCAUCAACCAACAAGUGCCAGAUGAGCGCAUUAGGAAGAAUCUUCGAAAUGUCUCGCUAUUUGGCUGCUUCAAUUUCGCCUUUGGAUACUUUGUGUGGCUGCUGGAUGACUGGCUAUGCUCGUUGCUGACUUCGCUGAAGCAUUCGGCUGGCCUUCCCCUGGCUUUUCUCCUCGAGCUACACGGAUGGUGGCACAUCUUGACCUGCAUCGGGGGCUAUGUUGGCGUGGCCCUCGUCGACGCCAUCACAUCGGGCGAAGUCCGUGAGGAUCCGGUUCCUCAACUUGCCUGGCCCAUCCCGUCUGCGGCGAGGUUACUGGGAAAUGCAGAUGCGUCACCAAAGCGGGAAUAG